AUGGAUGAAGAAAACGAAAUUUUUAUUACAAGUCGGAGUAGAGCGCCGAGCAUCAUUAAUGUCAAAUCUGAAAAUGUUCGAGUCUUUGUUCAACUCCCAGAUCUUAUCCAAGAAGCUGCGGUUUCUACAGAAUUUUCCAGUCCAAACCUAAGGAUAAAACGAGUCCAUAAUAACCGAGUCAUUGGGCCGUAUUUUAUGAAGCAGCCAAUGUUCUACGUCGCUUCUCGUACAGACUCUGGAAUUGACUUGCCCGAUUUGGACGUGAAAGAUGAGAAGAUAUUAGCAAAGUACGGCUUAGAUUUGACAGCCAAUUUUGCUGAUAUCAAAGCCUACGGAGCAGAAGCUUUCUUCCAAAAGAAGAAUGCCUCAAAUGGCUCCAACUAUUCCCUCUGUGCUUGUGCCACAGGAUACAUAUGGAUUUCGGUCCGAACUUUGUACGAAUCCACAAACCGAAAAGAGUUCUCUGACGUGGAAGUACAAAUCGGAACGUUUGCGUUGAAGGCUAAAGCCAUCACCACGAUGGAAAUCCCAUUGCAAUACAUGUAUUCUGGACGCGAUGAUCCGCUAGAUGGACAACUAGCUCUACUCUGUUCAAUCGUCCUCGGAAAAUACCUACGCCUUCGAAUGAUCGGAAAACAAUACGAAAGUGCAGCAGAAACAGCGAUUAAAGAAAGCCGCAGACAGUUAUCUCCGCUCAGGAUCGUCGACCCAGGCCGAUUCGGAGAUUUCGAAUCAUUUUUGACACAAAUAUGCGAGAACGCACCACUGCCGCCAACAUCAGAUGUGUCCCUGAUAUCGAGAUCAAUGAUUACGGGACGAUGGAAAAUCUGGAGAGAGCGAUCCAUUUUACGAAGACGAUACUUCCUACCUCAUCGAGUCGUCCAAUGCUUUCGACAGUCCCAGCAUGAUUCGAUUGAUCUACUCAGCGGCUGUUUCCAAGCUCUUACCCCUGAGAAGUCGAACUCACGACCGCCUAUUAUUACUCCACUUACCUGA